GUACUGUUUGAUGAGCGUGAAAGGAUGCUUCACUGAUUUUCAUAUUGAUUUUGGUGGCACUUCAGUGUGGUAUCACGUUUUCCGUGGGGGGAAGAUCUUCUGGCUGAUUCCACCCACUCUGCAGAAUCUAGAACUUUAUGAAGAAUGGGUUCUCUCAGGAAAGCAAAGCGAUAUCUUUCUGGGAGACAGGGUAGAGCGAUGCCAAAGAAUUGAGCUGAAACAAGGCUAUACGUUCUUCAUUCCUUCAGGGUGGAUACACGCGGUUUAUACUCCGGUAGAUUCUCUGGUGUUUGGUGGAAAUAUCCUGCAUAGCUUUAAUGUUCCCAUGCAGCUUCGCAUCUAUGAAAUUGAAGACAGAACAAGGGUGCACGCCAAAUUCCGGUAUCCUUUCUACUAUGAAAUGUGCUGGUAUGUUCUGGAGAGAUAUGUGUCCUGUGUGACCCAGCGCUGCCACCUCAGCAAAGAGUACCAGAGAGAAUCAAUGUUAAUUGAUGCAAAGAGAAAACGCAGCACAGACAGCUAUUCAUCGGAUUCGUGGUUAGACAUGGAUGAAGAAUCUUGUGAUGCCCAUAUCCAUGAGGAGAAGGAUGACAGCUUGGAUAAGAACUCCAAAUCCUUGGUGGAUGGCUCCUCCUCACCCAACAGCACACACUCAGAAGGGAAGGAGGGCACAGGAAGAAAACAAAAAGCCACAGUGAUGAGGUACCUAAAAAGAACUUUGUCUAAUGAAUCAGAUGACAGUGUAAAAUCAACGACCCCCACGGACUUUCCCAAAACACCAACGGGGUCUCCAGCUACAGAAGUUUCAACCAAAUGGACUCAUCUCACAGAAUUUGAACUGAAGGGUUUAAAAGCCCUGGUGGAAAAGCUUGAAUCUCUCCCAGAGAACAAGAAGUGUGUUCCGGAAGGCAUCGAAGAUCCACAGGCUCUCCUGGAGGACAUGAAGAACAUACUGAAGGAACACGCUGAUGAUGACCAAAAUCUUGCCAUUUCGGGUGUCCCUGUGGUCAGCUGGCCCAAGAAGACCACAAAG